AUGAGUAUGAUAUUUUUGAGAGGUGGAGGUUGCGGAGCCUCCAAAAAAGAUUAGAAAAAACACUAAUAAGAAAUGGAAAGAGGCAAACAGAAAGUUGAUUUGACCCAAAAAGAGAGAAUGGCAAAGCUCAUCCAAUAACAUAGCGAAGUUAUUUUCAAAAACUCACCGAUUGCUAUGAGUGAGAAGUAGAAACUAAUGUCUAGCUUCUAAUUCUUCUUGGAUAACAGGUAAGAAUUGUGGGGAAUCAUAGUGGAUAAAGAGGAAUCAACCCAAAUUAUUGACAUCAUCUUAGCAAAUCUCAAACCCCUAUUGGAGGCCUUAAAAAUCCUCAUUAAAGGGUUUGUAGCCUAUUCUGUCUAUUUAUCACAAAUCAUUCAAUUGCUCUCUUGGAUAGUCUUCUGUUUCUAUACCUAUGCGAACUCGACAAAAGUAAAUAAGGACAGAUUUAUGAAUGUCAAAGAUUAAACUGAAUACUUAGACUUAAUCGCAAAAAUCAAAACAGAAAUAGAUAUAGAAAAAAACAUCGAUAAGUAUCAAAAUAACUUAGAAUACGAGCUCUACAUAAUUGAGUCAAUAUUUACCAUUGUUCCGACAGACAGUGAUGAAGCUCAGGAAAUAGCAGCUUCCUUUCUUAUUGGGGCAGCUACCUCAUUUCUAUCCUUCUCCAUCAAUGAUCAAUUUUUGACUAGUCUAAAGAAAGGCGUUAUCUACAUUUACAAUGAGCAUGACAAAGCCAGCAGGAAGAAAAUACUUAAGGUCAUUUUUGCUUUAUUAUAACUCAAAUAUGAAAUAGUAAACAAGAUUUAGAAAAGCGAGUUAAAAUAAGACUUCGUUCAUUUGGAUCGAUUAAAUACUGUUUACAAGGAAGUAGUCAGCAAAUCUUCGGAUUGGCAAGUGUGGUGCACAUGGACUAGAGUGUUAUCCUAAUUAUUCUAAUAAAAACUGAUUCUCCCUCUUGAAAAAAUCUAGAACCUUAAAAUAUCAGAUUAGCACUAUAUUCAUAAAAAUGAAAAUACAAAAACAUGUUGGUUGAAUAUUGACAGUAGAUUAAUUGAAAGUGAUGCAACUGCAAAAUUAAUCUAUUAGAACAUAGAAGAAUUAUAAGAACUUGGUAGAUUGUAAUAUUCUAUCUUAUAUGGAUAUCAAUAAAUGCCAAGUUUUGAAUUGUUAUACUCCUCCAAACUCACAUAAUCAAUUGAAAAAGAGAAUUUUGAUGCAUUUCAAUUUAAUUUAAGUUCAGUAUCAAUCAUGUUACAUAAUGCUUAGGAAAUCAAAAAGGCUUAAGACUAAUUAUAAUAGCAUAUUGAAUUACUGAGCACUACAAACAAAUCUAAAAUUUAAGAUAUUGAAAACCAGCUUGUUAGAGCAAUUAAUAAUACAAUCUAAUUGUUGGAGUCUAUUUAUUCAUUACAUGAAAUUGAGAACCCAAAAGAUAAUGAGUUAGAAUCCCCGAAGCUAUAAUUAGCAUAAUAAAAUCAAAUGUUUUUCAGUCAAAACUUAUAAAAUCAAUCCAAUAAUUAAUAAAAUAUAAUUAAGGAUGAUAUAUGGUUAGAUGAAAUUGUAAAAUUAAAAAAAAGUUUAGGCAAAAAAUUCAUUACCUUCUUCUUAAAAAGCUUACUACUGAAGAGUAAUAAUAAAUCAAAAGAAAAUGCAUAAUUAGAUAACGAAGCAUAGGAAGAGUAUACAAAAGACUUCAUCUUAAAUAAACCAAAAUAAGAUCAAGAUUAAGUCAUUCAAGAUAUAAAUAAUGAAGAGGAUUUUUAAAAAUAUUAAUUAAAUUUAAUUGAACUUUUUGAUGAAAUUGGAAAGAAAAAAACAGUUAAAAAAAAUCCUAAGACUCCUGACUAUCCUAAGAUUAUUGCUGAUUAUAAGUCGGAUCCAUUUAAAAUAGAAACACUCUAGAUAUUAUAGACUAGACUUAAAUAUAUAAAAAUUAAACCUUCUAAACAUUAAAUGAAUAACGAGGAGGAAUACAAAUUUGGAUUUAAAGAAGGAAUUAAAUUGUUAUAGGAAGCAUCAGCAUUCCUUCGAUGGAAUCACAGAUUGUUAGUUCGAAUGAAGUUCUACAUUUAAGAAUUAAGUUAAAAUUAAUAUAAUGACAAGCAACCAAAUCAAUAAACAAAUCAAAUAAUAGACUCCUUAAAAGAAUUUUCGUAAUAAUUAUCCUAAAUUAAAGCUAUUCAAAAAUGCAUUAAGUUUUUUUAUAGUAAAUAUGAGGGUUGCGUAAAAUACUAACUAAUUGGAAAGGUCUCAUAAAAAAGGAAUGUUAUAUAUUAAGUUUUGAAAAGCAUAACUUUAAAAAAGUUCCAAACUCUCAACAUGGUCUACUAAAUUCACAAAGAAACAAUUAGAAAAAUAAAAGAUGUAGGAGUAAUUUACAUAUGCUAAUCAAUAUUUUAAGAAAUCUAAAAUGAGCAUGAGAAGUUUCUAGAUGAUAUAGUUUAACUCAAAAGGGCUGUUCAAAUGAUUAUCGACAUUUUAAAUGCUGAUGAAAAAAACAACAAAAAAGGCUAGGAUGAAUUCAAUAUUUUUUUAAAUAAUGAUAUUUUCCAUUAACAAAAGAUUGAAUAUCCAUAAAAUCAGGAGACAUGGUUGACCAAUAAGGACAACCUGUUUAAAAUAACUUUGUAUUAUUAAAAUUAUUGCCAAUAUAAUAAAAAUUGGUAGAAAAAGAAUAAAAAUUCCUCUCAAUAAGUUGCUUCUCAGAUUGAUCAUAAAUAAUAAUCAAUAAAAGAAUACAUCGAAAAGAUUGAACUAGCUUAAGGUUAUAAAACAAUUUAAGAGGAGGAUGACACUUUUAAAUAAGAAUUAUAUAAAGAAGUAGACUAGCACCUAAAGACUUUAUUAGAGUUAACCAUUUAAAAUGAAUAGGAUAAACUUAAUACUGAAAAUAGUUCUCCUUUAAAAACUAAAGAAUUCUUUAAUUCAUUAUUUAAUAUCAUAAAGGAUAUUGAACAUUAGGUUUAAAUCUAAUUCGAUAACCUGAAAUUUAUUAAUCAAUAGUAAGGUGUAUUUUAGACUUUGAUAAAUAAUUCAUUGCUCCUCAAAAAAGCGAGUAGUUCUUAUCAGAAUAAAAUAGAACAGAAUGAAAAGAAAAUUCAGGACUUGGUUGGGAAGUAUGAGGAAAAACUACCUGAAUAAGUAUUUGAUCUAACAAAUCUAUAAAAAAUAUUUAAUGAAGCAAAAUUAAGCCUUAGUCCUAAUCUAAAAUCAGAAAUAUUCUUCAUAUUAACCUAAAUAUGGAAAAAGGAGGAUGUAACAUCAGAUCCAAGUUAUUAUGAUUAAUUUAAAGAAGCAGCAAGUGACUUAAUAAAUUAAAAUAAAUGGAGAGUUCGUUAAUCAUGCAUAUUUGAGUUGCUGUAGUUUAAACCUAGUUGUUUGACAUAGGCUACUGUUGAUUUGGCCAGAGGGUUAUUAGUAAAAUGUAGAAUAUAUGAAACUGAUAGAAGAAAUAAACAGUUAUUAGACGAUUAGGACUAAAAUCAAGUAGUGAACAUGAUCUAGUAAUGUUGGGCCUCAUAAGAAGAGGAUGUCUAAAUAAAAAUAAAAUAAAAGUUAGAGGAAUUAAAUGAUAUUGCCUAUAAAAUAACAAUAGAAACCAAAUAAUAUGAGAAAUCUAAAUACAAGAAAAGGUAUGUUGAAUUAGAAACUGAAAUAUAAGGCAUUGUUAAGAAUGCUGAGAGUCUUGGAAAUGCACUAGGAACCAGUUUGCUGUUCUUUUAGGAUAUCAAAAAUGAUUUGGUCAACAUUUAAUCUUAGUUGAAGAACUUGCAAGGCUCGAUUGAUUAAAUUCAUAAAGAUAUUCAAUUGUUGUAGGGUAGAAGUAUAAAGGACUUACUCAUUAUUAGAAUGUAAAGAGUCUUGCAAUAGAGGAUUAUUUUGAAUUCUGAAAAUGUGUAUGUGCCCAUCAAAACAAAAGAGAAGCAAGUAUUAGAGAAUAAUGAGGAUGAAGAAACUCCAUUAUACACUGAUGAUUUGUUUAGCAAUGGAGAGAUAAAUGAAUUUAUUUGGAAGUAAUAGAAAUUGAGUCUAUUGAUUCAUGGAUAAGCUGGAUCAGGGAAGAGCACAGCAGCUCGAAAGAUAGAGGAAUUCUUAUGGUUAUUAUUUAAGAAGAAUAUGAACAUAGCAGAGUCCAUCCCUAUUAUUCCUAUAUUUGUAUCUUUGCCUUAAUUGAAGGAUCCAAUAUCAAUGGCAAUGGAAGAAACCUUAAAAUCAGACAAUUACAGAUUCAACGAGAAAUAGAUCAUUGAAUUUAAAGAAGCUAUUGAAUAGAACUAAUUUAAAUUAGUGAUUAUUAUGGAUAGUUAUGAUGAAAUCAAAUCAGAAUUUACAAAUAGAAAUCUUAUUCUCUCAAAUAAAUUGUAUAAAUGGAGAUGCCAAUCAGAUGAAAUGAGAUUUCCAAAAAUAAUCACAACUUCUAGGUCUGAAAUGUUCACUAAUACUGAUUAUCGAUCCUGGUUUUUACCAGAAUCUGAAAAUCUAUUACUUUAUAAAGAAAUUAGAUUGUUAAAUUUUAAUAGCGAAUAAGUGAACUCGUACAUUGAAUACCACACCAUUUUUUCAGUCAAAAAAAUCAUUAAAGAUUUCUUUUUUAAUAAUAAGGAUAAUGCUGGAUUUUUUGCAUUCGAAGAAUUAUUUAAUGAAAUACUUAAAAUUAUCAAUGACAAGGAAUAAGUAGAUGAAAAAAAAGAUUAAUAAUUCUUAUUAUCUAAAAAUUAGAUUGAAAGAAUCUUAUCUUUGUGUGAGAGUUUCGUAAGUGGAGACAUAGCAAUUGCGAUGAAAUAAUCUCUAGAAGAGGUUUGGUGUAAAGAAUAUUAUAUUAAAAAUAUAAAACAAAUGGACAUAGGCUCCUUAUUGGAAACGCCAUUUAUGAUUGAAAUUGUAGCAUCUGUUUUACCUCAAAUGAUUAAGCAUAGAUAAGAAUUAAAUACUUUGAAAGAAUCUUUUAUGAAAAAGCUUUCCUAAUUGGAUAAAUUUUCUAGCGAGCAGUUGUCAAAAGAAUGGUCUAAGAUCAUAAGUAAUGAAAAGUUUUUGGAAGAAUACCUAUAGAUCUCAAAUGAUAAUGAAAGAGAUCAAAUUAUCUCAUUAUAUUUUGGAAAACCUGAGAAUUCUAAAAUUAUUUAAGAUGCUCUUAAAUUAGAUCCUCUCUGCUCAUAUGAUUUUUAUGAUUAAUUUUUUGCUUAGUAUUUUAAGAGAUAAAUAAAUAAACUAAAAGAAUCUGGGGAAUCCUUAGUUUACAUUUCAAAUUUAUCUGAUCUUUGGGAAUUUACACACAGACUAGCAAAUGAUAUGACAUUAGAGUAACUAAGUUAAGUGCAAUAUAUACCACGCAUAUUUUUAUUCCAAAAAAAUAGAGAUGCUGAUUGGAGAGACAUUUAUUUCAAUGAUGAAUAAGAAUAAGGUUAAAUUAAAAAGCUAUUUAGAAAGAUAAUGCCAAUAAGAUAAAAAUAUGGAAUAUAUUCCUUCAAUCAUAAAUCCUUAUAGGAAUUUUUGGUGGCCAAGUGGUUAAUUCAAUCAUUAGAAUAAUUUAAUUUUAAUUUAUCUGAAGAGUAAAUUGAUGACUAACUUGAUGAUUUAUGUGUUCAUAAUUUAUCCAAAGAUUUCAUGAAUGGGGUUGUGAAGUUUAUGGUUGAUAAAUUAAGUCAAAAUUAUUAUUUGCAAAAGAAAUUAUUUGAAAUUGUCAUUCUAACCAAAAAUAAAUAACCAAAUGAAUAAUAUAAAGAGCAUGACUCAAUUAAGUUAAGUUAAAAUAUCAAACUAAAAAGAGCUUAAACUCAACUCCUAGCCUAGGUAAAGGUUUCUCAAGCCUAAUACUCAGAUAAAGAAAAAAUUCAAAGGGUCAUCCAAGCAAGCUCAAAUAGUUUAUAUCUUCUUCAUUUAUUGAAGUAUCCAUUUACUGAAGAUCUGAGUUCAAUUAAAAUUAAUGAAACUGAAUUGCUCAACAGUAACUUCUUUGGUGCAAAUUUAACUUCAUCAGAAUUUAGUAAAGUAAAUAUUUCACAGAGCAAUUUCAAUUUUGCAAAGCUUGAUUCUGUUAUAUGGCAAGACAUCUUAAUCGAUGAACUACCUAGCAUAGAAACUGGUGAUGUAAUCUAACCUAAAGAUUUUUAUUUUAUUUAUCUAUAAACAGAAUAACUAUUGUUUCUGAAAAAUUUAGUUACAAAGAAGCCAACUGCAACAAAUUCAAAUACAAGUAAUGAGAUUACAAUAAAAUGGUUUAAUUAUAAAAACUAGAAAGAGAGUACGGAUGAAGUCAAAAACAAAUCUGAAUAUAAUCCGAAUCUAAAAUCUAUUUUGGUCUCUCAUAAUUAAUUAAAUAUAGCAUUGUUUUAUAAUGAUUCCUUUGCUUUGAUUUCAAAAAUUCACUCUAAAAUUAAGUAUCCUGAUGGAUUCACUUUUGAUAUAGCAUAUUUUACAUUUAAAGAUGAACUGAUUAUAGGAUCAAAAAAGGAAAUAAUAAAAUUAAAAACUGAUGUUAAAGAUUAGGAAAUUGUGAUAAAUGAUAGUAAUAAAAUAAAAUUGGAUAAAAUAUAAUUGGAUAAAAUAUAAUUUAAUAAAAUGAUAUCAAUUGCAAGCUAUGAGAAUUAUAUUAUAUUUAUAGGAGAUAAUAAUUAAGUACACUUCAUUAAAGAGAAGGAAAAUCAAUAUUUAUUCUUUACACUCUUGAUAUAAUGCUCGCAUCCUGAAUGUAGAAAUAAGUCAUUUGAUAAAAAUAUGAAUGAAGAGGAGAGUCCUUAAAAAUGUUAAUAUUUGUCAAGAUUUACUAGUAUUGAAGUUAGUGAAAAUUAGAAUUUGUUAUUAUUAGGAUAUAAAGAUAAACCUGGCCACUCAAAUUGCGGAAUUUUAGUUAUUGAAAAAUAAAAUUUAGUAGAGCAACUUUAGAUUGAGAAAGUUAGUGAUAAUUAAGAACCUAAAAAUUAAAAAUUAUAUAUUUUUAGUUCUAAAUUUAUACAAUUAGAUUUGAAAAAGGAAGAAAAUUUAAAAUUAUAUUUCAUUGAUGAUGUUAAAUAUAUCUUAUCAUUUUCUAAUAGUUCUAAGAUUACCUUCAUGAGAUUAUGGAAUUAUAAGGAGAAAAAGAUACUAUCUUGUACUUUAUUGGACGGUCACAUCUAAGGUAUGACCAAAAUAUCAAACUUAUUAAUUGCUACAAUAAAUAAAAUUGGAAAAAUCUAGAUAUGGGACCUCUAAGCAUUGCUCUAAUAAUAAAACACAAAUCCAAAAUCUACUAUUACAUAUUGCAUUUUUUCAUUUAAUAACAAUAUUAUUUCUGGAAACGAUGAUGGAAUUAUAUAAAUUUGGGAUCCAAAAAGAGGAACCAAAAUAGGAAAAGACUUAUAAAAUCAUAAAGCAUCAGUAACAUCCCUAGUGACAUAUUUUAAGGAUAAAGAAAUUUUGAUAUCUGGAGAUGAUAAAGGAAAUAUCAGUUUUUGGAACCUUUUCAACUAUCAAUUCAUAAAAUCUAUUUCUAUAAUUAAUCCUAUUAAGUCAUUGAAUAUGAUUGAAGUAAGUUAAGGCCAUUUUUAAUUAAUCACUCAUAGUAAAUACUAUCAUUAUAUACAAUUAUGGGCUGAAGAAUAUGAAUCUUAUUAAUUAUUUUGUUAACAGGAAAAUAAUAUAAGAAUAGAUUAAACGAAUUUAACAUUCAUAAUUCAAUUUUUACAAAACAAAUCAAUUUAAAAAUCUCCAAAAAAAUUUUCUGGUAAUAUAUCUUUGAAGGAAUGUAACACAUUUGCAAUAGGUAAAUACACAAAUUAUUUUUACUUUGCAGAGUCAUCAUUCUAAAAAUAACAAUAAGAAAAUAAAGCUAUAUUUAUUAAAAUUUAUCAUGAAGAGCCUAAAGAAUCUAAAAAUAUAAAGGAUGAGGCUAAGGAACAACUUGUUCUAGUUGGAUAAAUACAAUUAACUUUUGAAAAGGAGGAUAAUUCAGAAAUUGUAUCGAUAAUCACAGAACUCAAUUAAUAAAAAUUAUUGGUAGCAACUCAAACCUAUAUAUUUAUCAUAAAAAUUGGGAAAUUCUGUAUUGAGAAUAGAUUUAAUUACAAUGAAGUGGGAAAUAUUCUUGAUGUUUAAGUUGAUGAAGAUUUAUUAUUUUGUUGUGGAAAUAAUGUUGUAAUUACAAAUAUUCGAUCUGGAAAGAACAUACCAUGUUCAAUCAAAACAACAAACCAGAAUGAAUAACAAAUAGAAAUGGCGGGAGUAUAAGAUCUAUUUUGUACUCUGCUCUAUUAUCGAAAGAAAAAUACAUUAUUUGUAGGUAUGACAAGUGGUAAAUUAAUUGAAUACGAUUUAUUAUACUGCAAUUCUCAAGUCCAUAAUUAACAUUACAAAUAAAUAAUAUACUUAUAAAUUCAUUAAAAACGAUCAUAAUAUGGUUUAUAGGAUUUCUUAGUAUCUGCUGGUAAAGAUUCAUUCAUUCAUUUUUGGCCUCUAACUGUUUAAGACUUAAAAUAAUUAAAGCCUUUGGAACCAAAAAAGGAACUUUAAUUGGAAAAUUAAGAAAUUACAAACCUUUGGUACUUUGAGUAGUAGGACUACUUUAUAUGCUAAAAUUCAAGUGGCUUUUAUCUUGCUGCUUAUAUCGAAGAUAUCUUAUAUUAUUACAAAUUUUCAGAUUAUAAUUCAACAGAUAAAUAUUAUUAUAAUAAUUAGAAAUAAGCCUUUUAUUAACUUAAUUUUUAAUAGUCUAUUUCAAGUGGUCUUUCUGAACCAUUUUAGCUGACUAAAACAAUGGUAUUAUAGGAAGCAGUUAAAGCUCAUUACGAUGAAAAUAAUAAUUAUAAAGCUGAAUUUGUGCUUCUUGACCAUAAUAGAUAAUAAAUUAUAACUGCCGAUGAUGAUGCAAACAUUCUUUUUUGGAAUCUUAAUGGAAAACAUUUAAAUUAAAUUCAACCUUUCAAUAUCGAUUCUUCUUUCAAUAAUAAUCCAUAAUAAGUUUAACUUAACAUAUCAAAUAAAUUUAAUUAACUUAUAUGUUGUUGUUUUGAUUAAGACUAGAAGGAUGAAAAAUAUUUAAUUAGAAUUAUUUUUUUAGAUGAUUUACAAAAACAAUGCUAUUUUAAAAUAUAAUUAACUGGUGGCCAACCAGAAAUAAAAUCAAUGCAAUUCUUAAGUCAAGACUUAAUUUUGAUUUUAACAGAUAGUCUCUCUCACAAUAUAAUUACAUAUUCUAUUGGUGAAAAAAAUAUCAAACAACAAUUUAAAGAUCGCUCAGGUUCAUCAAAUGGAUCAGCAGUUUUGAUACUAGAUUAAGGAUAAACUUAAGAAAGCUUCUUUUUAACUUAUGGAUAAUUUAAUCAACUUACUUAUUAUCAAAAAAUGAAAGACAAGUAUGCUUAAAAAUUCAGAUUUGGUGAAGGUAUCAAAAAGUUUUCUUGUUACGAUGCCGAUAUUAAGAAUUCUAAGUUUAUUUCCAAGGAUGGAAUUGAUUUAAGUAAAAUAUUCGCAUAAAAGAGUGAAUGA